AAGCUGCAGGUUUCCUUUAUCCUAAACCAUGAACGAAUCCCGGUGGAUUGAACAGAGGAUCCUGAACAUGAGCAGUGGCUUCGUGAAUGUAUCUGAACAUCACUCAUGCCCACUUGGAUUUGGCCAAUACAGUGCAGUGGAUGUGUGCAUCUUUGAGACAGUGGUUAUUCUCUUGCUAACUUUUCUCAUCAUUGCUGGGAAUUUAACAGUCAUCUUUGUCUUUCAUUGCGCUCCACUUUUACACCAUUAUACUACCAGCUAUUUUAUUCAGACAAUGGCAUAUGCUGAUCUUUUUGUUGGAGUAAGCUGCCUGGUUCCUACUCUCUCACUUCUCCACUACUCCACAGGUGUCCACGAGUCGUUGACUUGCCAGAUUUUUGGAUAUAUCAUCUCAGUUCUAAAAAGUGUUUCUAUGGCAUGUCUGGCUUGCAUCAGUGUGGAUCGCUACCUUGCAAUAACCAAGCCUCUUUCCUACAAUCAACUGGUCACUCCUUGCCGCCUGAGAAUUUGCAUUGUUAUGAUCUGGAUCUACUCUUGUCUCAUUUUCUUGCCUUCAUUUUUUGGCUGGGGGAAACCUGGUUACCACGGUGACAUUUUUGAAUGGUGUGCCACCUCUUGGCUCACUAGUGCCUAUUUUACUGGCUUUAUUGUUUGUUUACUUUAUGCGCCUGCUGCCUUUGUUGUCUGUUUCACUUACUUCCACAUUUUCAAAAUUUGCCGGCAGCACACCAAAGAAAUAAAUGACAGAAGGGCUCGAUUCCCAAGCCAUGAAGUGGAUGCCUCUGGAGAGACAGGACACAGCCCUGACCGUCGCUAUGCCAUGGUUUUAUUUCGGAUAACCAGUGUGUUUUACAUUCUGUGGCUCCCCUAUAUCAUUUACUUUCUUCUGGAAAGUUCCCGGGUCUUGGACAACCCGACUCUGUCCUUCCUCACAACCUGGCUCGCUAUAAGUAACAGUUUCUGUAACUGUGUAAUUUAUAGCCUCUCCAAUAGCGUUUUCCGGCUGGGCCUCCGAAGACUGUCUGAGACAAUGUGCACAUCUUGCCUGUGUGUGAAGGAUCAGGAUGCACGAGAUCCCAAACCUAGGAAACGGGCUAAUUCCUGCUCCAUUUAAAAAGAACUCAGUGAAUCAAAUGUAAUCUGACAGUGGUUUUGAAUCGUAUUCUUGAUUUUAUCUGGAACUUGGCCACCAGAGAAAUACUUACUUGAAUAAUUGACUAUGAAAUGAAGGAUGAGACUAAAGGUUUCUUCUCCCUUCCCCCCCCCUUUUUUCAUGGAAAAAACAACUAAAGGCAAGGAUGUAGAGGUUAAUCUUGUGAGGUAAUUAUAGCAUAUGAAUAUAGAUGUGCAAUAAGAGGAAAAAUUAAGCACUGAGGAGAAAAAGUGUUUCAGAUAUUCCCCAGG